UGUGUUGAAACAGACCAGUCGAUCUGUAGUGACGGUGGUGUGUUGUGGUGUUGUAUCAGGUCUUGUGAUGUUUGGAUUUGUAAAUUUUAUUUUCAACAAAAAAUAAUGCAGUUUGGAAAAACGAGCAGUAAUAGAAUUACGGCCGUGAUUACGAUAAUUUUAUGUAUAAUACGCAACUGCCACAGCCUGCACGUUAAGGGAAUAUGGCGAACCGAUGACGAAUUUUUUCAUUUUUUGACUAAAUUUGGCUUCCAAAAGACGACGCCGCAUGAAAGAGAACUAACAGAAGGCUUUAUCUUCGGAAACGUGACUAGCCUCGGAGGUAAUGUGAGUCACACGGGAAUCUACGGCACAUUGAUGUUACUACCUCGCCAGUACUUCGUCGACUACUACAGGAACAGGACCCAGGCGAUCUCCGACCCUGACCUGGCAUGUAGACUUAUGUUCCAGGAUGUUGAAAAGGAAGCAUAUGACGUCCAGUGCCAUGACUCGGGGCGUGAGGACUUCAUGCGCCGUGUGCCGUGUCCUCAGGGCAGCUUAUGUCCCGACGAGGACAACCCCGCUAACGUGAUACCCAGUAAUCAACUUACCUUCGCCAUACAGGAUAUCAAUAAUCCACGGUUCUGGUACCUCAGCUUAGUGGCUUGUAUGAGGAACUCCUCAUGUGCAUGGCAACAUGUACCCUGGCCCUUGGAGAUGGAGUACGACUUAAACAUUGUCAAUGGCAAACCCAACGCUGCAGACCAUAAUCCCUUUGAAUAUCAUUUUUCAUUUGAUAAACAGGACACCGUUGAGAUCUACCUUGUGUGUGUGGUGUUCUAUGGUUGCGUCUUAGUACCACUCCAAGUGUAUGCAGCUUGCCGCCAGAUCCACCCCAUCACUCGCCUAUUUACGGCUACACUUAUAAUGCAAUUGGCGGGUCUCUUGUUCGACACAUUGCACCUCCUUGUCUUUUCAUUUGAUGGUGAAGGAAGUGAGGGUGUGAACAUUGUUGGGGAUCUUUUCAAUAUAUUGGCACAGUCAUUAUUCAUGAUGCUGCUUUUGCUGUUAGCCAAAGGAUGGGCCAUCACAAGGAUGAUGCUGUCUCGUCGCCUGUUGCUGUUCUCCUUAUGGGGACUUUACUCUAUCCUCAUCCUCACACUCUAUUUCUGGAAUAUGAUGGAGGUUGAUGUUAUAGAAGAUAUUGACGAGUAUCAGACGUGGCCAGGGUGGCUGACCCUGGCACUGCGAGUGCUCAUCAUGGUGUGGUUCCUGUUUGAGCUGCGUAACACUAUGAUGUAUGAGCAUAACACCAACAAGCUACACUUCUUCCUGCACUUUGGUGCUGCCUCCCUGGUCUGGUUUAUUUACCUGCCUGUGGUGGCACUCAUUGCCCUCCAAAUCUCUCCUCUGUGGAGAUAUAAAUUAUUGUUAAGUUUCACAUACUCAGCUGACUUGCUGGCCCACUCUUUUAUGACCUACAUGCUGUGGCCUGAGAGGUCUGAGCAGUACCUCCUCCUGGCCUAUGAGGCUGACCUCUCCAAUGAAUUAGAUGAGUUCAACGAGGCUCCACAUGUCCUCAAUCACUCAGACUCAGCCCUCCUCACCCCAAUGUAUAAUUGUGACACAGACCCACUGAAGAUUAAUACAUGAAAAUCAUGUAUAGUAAAGGUGCCAAAAAAGUUAAUUUUGCUUUAAAUUGUUGGGAACUUCCUUUUUAUUUUAUAAGGAAUAAAGCAAAUAACAGAUAAUUUUAGGGUCACAAUCAUGUUUGUUUGUACUCGUAUAUGCAUAAAUAUGUGUGGGCUUGUUUAUAUACUGUACACAUAAAAAGAAAUUAUAUCAGCUUGUAUCAGCUGCUCAAGUAAGCACUAUCUCAAGUGUUAUCACAGUGAGUGAUGUUUCUACAGUGGUUUCUUUCCUCAGUGAGGUUAUUGAUUGUGCUGAGGUACAUUCUUAUUCCAGUUGUUUUUAGUGUUCUUGUUAUACAGUCUUAAAAAUUUCAUAAUACUUAGCAACUGGUCAAAUGGACCUAAUGAUCUGGUUAGGUUGAAUCCUCUUAAGAUUGAAGCCCAUUUGACUAGUAACUGUUUCCCAUUUUCCUUGUUCUCCUGUAUAGACCUCUUUCAGCUCAUGUACAUUUGGCAUCAUAGGAAGGGAGAAAAUUUGUGGCUAAUGGAGACAUAGGGCAUCUCAUCAAGGUGGUAGGUGAUAUUUUUUCAUGAAUGAAUUACAUCGAUUUGUUGGGUCGGAGUGAUUCGUUCCUGAAAAAUGAUACCUACUACCUUAAGGAGAUGCCAGGUGUCUCCACUAGUCACAAUUUUCUACCUUCCUAUAAUGACAACUAUAUAUUUGCUCCUUUUAUUUGAAAACUGAGGGAAAUUGCAUUAUUUGUAUCAAAACUCGUCCUGUUCAUCUAUAUGUCAUCAUCUUUUUUCCUUUCACUUUUAUGUGGACUGGAUUAAAGGAAUCCCAAACCUAAAAGAAAAUUAAUGAUUGAUGGGGGAGAAUGGUGCAAGGCAAAUGUAGAAAGUCACAGAAAAUGCUGGAACAGCAAGUGAUUACACUCUUACUUAUCCAACUAAUAAAUUUCCACACUAUUGGUUUUUAGUACUACUUUUAGAGUUGUACUAAUUGAUGAUUGUUAAGAAUUCACAGUAACUGCCCUGAGUUAAUUGUGGAAUGAAGCAUGCAUGAAUGAAAAGGAUUGCCAUAAUCUUUAACUGUUAUGUUUAACCAAAUAGUCCCUCAACAAGGCCUUAACAAAAAUAGUAAACUGAGGCCAGUUUCUCUUUUUUAUAGAUUCAAAAUAUAUGUGGGUAAGAAUAAUUAUAGCUUUUGUGUAAGAAGGUUCCAUACACCUGACAGCCUGCUAGGGGUAGUGCAGAUGUAGCACCUUGCAUACUAAGCCUUCAGUACUCAAGGACACAUUGUGGCUGUUAUUGCCCUCAAAUGCCUUCACUUUCCUAACUUACUGUAAGGUUAGGUAUCUAUUUACAAAUGGGCAGUCUGGGCUCUGCAGCCAUGAACCAAUGACCCUUAGGAUAGGAGGCGAGUGGUGUAACCACCUGAACGUUGCUCCCCAUAGCUAAUGCAGAUCAGAAAUUUAAGAGUAUAUUACUUAUUAUUAUGUCUUGGUUAUUGUCAUAGGGGCUUGAGGGUUUGGUAAUGGCUUUUAGGGCCAAUUGCAAGAACGGUUAUGGGGUGUACGACGCCAUUUAUGAUGACCUUCUUGCCCUGGUCUUUUUCAGCAAUAUCGCUUAACACAUGGAAUUCUGCACUUUUCGAAGCUUUGGAGGAGUCUCGAAACAAGUUUCCUGGUGGGAAUUAUUAGCUAAUAGUACUCAACAUAUCGAAGCUUCGAGAUCUCUCCAGAGCUUCAAAAGGGUGGUAUUCCUGAAACAAGAUCAGGACAAGAAGGUCAUCGUAAACGGCGUCGUACACCCAAUGACUGUUCUUGCAAUUGGCCCUUAGACCUAAUAUUUUCGGAAUCCCCAAAAAAAACCUACUGCUUAAUAUUAUUAAAUUAUUUAUUUUUCCCGAGUUGUGUGUCUUCACGUAUGUUAUCUCCGUUAGCCGGAACAAUUGCUGCAGAGUACUUCCGGGAAUGAGAGAUUUCCGGGUAACGAGACGACUCUCUCAAAGCUGGGAAAAAUAAUCCC